CAUCAUCUGUCACUAUAAUGAAGAUUAAAAUCAGAAAGGAGGCAUGCCUCAAAUAGAGGACCUGCACGACCUGUUAAUGUCUGUUCGCUCUGUACGUGUGUUUCAGAAUGAAAGGGCUGUGUUUUCUCUGCACUGGUCUUGUGCCCUGCAAAGACAGGCUGUAAUCCAUGGAGACUAAAUUAGAGAGGACUUGGUGGGAGGCAGAGAAGUCUUGGGACUCGCCCAACCCAGUACAGAAAUACACACAUCUCUGAAACAUGGGCCUGGUGUAAUAACUGCAACAGCAGUAGAAAGUUAUUGUGAAGGCGAUAUUUCAGGUAAACUCCACUUAUCAGUGCUGUGAGGCAAACCUUGUCUGGAUGAAAAUGUUUUUUUUUUUUGAAGAUUAAACUAAUGAAAAUCAAUUUAUUAUUGAUUUAUCUGCAUAAUAUUAUGCUGUAUAUGUCACCAUGCACAGUUUCACCCUCUAACACCAUAGGUGUUUUUGAAAAAGUAUAAGCAACAAUCCCCAAAAUGUGCUGCAGCAAGUACAGUAGAUGCAGCGGGAGGAAGACUGAGGGUGGCAGCUUGAAAAAAGGAGGAGAGGCUGGAAAUAGAGGGCUGGACCUGGCUCUGCAGGGACGAUACUCAGCAUGGUAAAAUCCAAUCUCCCUGCAUAACUUACUGCAGCAGCGAGAGCCAACGUGCUGAAACUAUAUUUCACUCUUACUUUCCCCGUUACUUCGGCUCCCUCGUCUUUCUCCCUCUGACUCCCGCGCUGCGUUGAGCUGCUUGGCAGAUAAACGAGAGCAGGUUCUGAUUCAGAAGAAGGAUGAGGUCCCGCCUGGUUUUCCACGUCACCUGCGUGAGCCUGCUCUCCGUGCUGUGCAGCGUGUGCCACUCCACGCCUCUGUUCUACAACGCCUCCAUGGACGGCAGUGGGGACGAAGCGGAGCUCGAGCUCCUCUUCCCGACCUCGUUCUCCACCCGCGCCCCUGUUCAGAUUACCGCUGCUACUGGACCUCCCAGUCUCACCAACACCAUCACCACCACCAUGGUUCGCCUCAAGGACUUCGUCUUUAGCAGAGUGGUGGAUUUCCUGCAGGAGAACCUGCUCAUCAUCAUCGUGGUGACCUCUCUGCUUAUCGUCAUGGUCUUUAUCAUCUGCUGUGCCUCUGCCAUGAGUCAUAAGCGCAAGCUGGAGGCCUACAAGCCGCCCCCCAACCCACCCAGGAAGUAUGUGGCUGAUAAAGCAGGUGAAGCCAAGAAUGCAAGCGAGCUCCAGGAGAGGCCGUACGCUUUCGACCACAUCAAAGGGGUCCAGACUCAGGGCACUGCCUCCCCCAAGAACCUGCGCAUGCCCUCCAAGGCCCUGGUGGGAGAGAGGGGGAGGGACGUCAGGUCGUCGCCUCGGCAGGAGGUCAGAAAGGUCAGGGAGGCGGAGGAGGCGGUGGAAAGGCAGAGGGAGGUGCCCAAGCCCAAAGAGCAGGAGCAGUCCAAGCACAGAGAGGAGGCCCAUAGUUCCAGCAUCAGCGCCAGUCAGCCGGUGUGCACCUGCCACCUGAAGAAGGGCCACCACUGAGGUGGGACAGACACCCAGUCCUUCCACACGGAACAAAUGUUCACAUGCUUCAAUUACAAAGUCUCUUUAUGUAUUUAUACCAGUCAGCCAAAGAAAGAAAGAGAAGAAGUAAACAUUAAACCAAUAUGUUCUUUUAUUAGAAAACAGAGUAAACCACGACUAAACGUCUAUAAGUCUUUAUGUUUGUGAAUAAAUGAUGUCAGUGGAUGUUGGAAAAUACAAGAGGUUUCUGGUAGCAACUCAUUUUUCACCAGUGGCUGCAGCAACAGAUAUUACACCACUGUGAGAUUAAAAAACAAGAGAAACCUCUUAAAAAAUUAAUUGCAGCAAAUACUUCUGUUUUGCAUUUGGACGUGUUUUCUCGUUGGCGUCUCCUCAGGAACCGCUAGCCGCUGCAUCACCUCAAUAAAGCAGCAAGGAGCCAAUAAACCUGAGGACGCAUCCUCUUUAUAUUUACAUUCAUAUUUACUUUAUUCUGAUAGCAAAAUGUUUUUUAUCAUAUGUUGUGUAUUUUACAUUAAAAACCCAAAACUUGAGACCCAAGCAAUAAUUAUGGAGAUUUUAUUACUGAGUAGCUGAAUUUAGCUUUUUGUGGUAAAUAGAAUAGUUCGAUUUUGUUUUAAAUAAGUAACUAUUAUGUACAAGAUGAAUUAUGUUUUCUUAAUGUGAUGAGUUACUUCAAAAAUGUACUUAAAAACCAUGUAUUUGUCUGAUAUUAUUUUACCUAAAUUCAGAUUUGACUGGGGAUGUGUCAGAAAUCCUCCCAGUACUGAUAUUUAGUGAUACAGAUUUUGUUGGAGUUAUGAGAAUAUUGUCAUGUUUAAACUGAAUCUCAGUUUGCAGUGCUCAGAUGUUUCCAGACAUACAUUCUUGUGCCAUUCACUAAUGCCAUUCACUAAAUUACUAUUUUGUUUUGAUAAUCUUUAAUAAAACUCUUAAUACUGUA